UUCACGGUUCUAAGCCCGCAACCAAGACCGCUACCGAACACGGUUUUAUUGCUAUCGGAUAUUCAGUUUAUGGAUAGUCAUUGAUUCUUUUUUCCUUCUAUCUAUGAUGAUCGUGUAGUUUCAAACAGCCCGCGCUCGAAAAAGGCAGGAAGCAGCGUAAGCGCGCGAACACUCGGUUCGGAUGAAUCGUUAACGAAGUCGAGAGCAGCGGCAAUAGCGGUAAAUAAUUCCAAGAGAAAAAAAUGCACAACAUUCGAUCGAACGGUCCAGAUAUUUUUCAUUUCGAGAAACGAUUCGAAGAAAUGGUUUACGAGGUUCAGCGAAACAAGACGGAACUGGAGAAAUUCGAAAAGGAGCAUCUUUCGAUCCGCGAGCAACUUUAUUUGAAGGGAUCGCUUCUCGAAUGUGAGAGAAAAGCGUCGCAAGACUUGCGAGCUCGUCUAAAGUUAACGACGGAAACGAUCGAGCGUUUGGAAGAGGAGAAGAUGCGCGAUCGAAUAUCGUAUUCGAAUUUGUCCAGAAAUUACGACAGCGUGGUCAAACAGCGCGAUAUUUUUGCGGGGGAAGCUUUGUCCAGUCGAACGGAGGCGGCGAAAUUCAAAAUGAAAGCAGAGGCUCUGGAGAAAGCGUUGCAUCGAGAAACGCAGCGAAGGGAGGAAUUAGAAAAGGCGUUGACCGAAUUUCUAAACGACAACCGGAAGAUUAUUGGAAACAUCGACGUGGGCGUCGCUAAAAUUUCGAAAGAACAGAAAUGUCUAUUAGAGAACGCCGAAGCUGUGAUCCGUUUGAAUAAACGUCUGCAGACCAUUGGACUUUGUUUCCAUGCGAUCAACGAAAAAAACAGGGCAGAGAUCAAGGACCUACGGCAGAAAUUAAUUGGCUUCUCGAUGAACGAGUCGAAAUCGUUAUCCGUUAAUGAGAAAUUGCACCCGGAAAUGGAAAGUUUAUGCUUCAAGUUAAAGGAACUAUUGCUGGAAUUGAAAUCCAAAAUGGAAGAUUCCACGUUGAUCGAAGAAAAUAUCAAGAAAAUUUUCCAAGAAUUGACGUCUCUGUACGACAGCAGCCGGUCGAUCGGGCAUUGUUAAUUGGGAAAAGAUAAUAAUUCGGGUAGAUUGUCGAUUAAUAACAUUUAUUUUAAUUUCUCGAUACAUCUGGUAAGUGAUAUGUUCAUUGAAAUCGAUAGUAUAUUAAAUAAAGUUACAUUGCUCGUCGUUACAAAACGAUUGAAAAAUUAUGAAUAAUUUUAUAUACACAAUAACGUUAAUGGUUUCAUGGUGUACAGCUUUAAAGGAUAUUUAGAUGUUAAUUCGUUGCCCUUUCAAUUUCAUUCUCGUGUUAAUUCUCCCGUGAAUUCUCAAUGGAAGCAGUUCUAUGGAACUCGAAGUAGGAAAAGAUCCACGAGUUUGUCGAUUGCUCUUCCGUUGAUACAAGACCUUAACGAAAUUGUAACGCAGCUGACGAUAUUAAUGAACAUGACAAUGAAAAUAAUAAUUUGUCAUCGAAGAGUUAGGAAAGGCAGGUUUCAACAAUAAACGAAGACGAAUAGGAUUAAUAUAAAAUGUAUUAUAAUAAUCGUAUAUUUAAGUAUAUUUAAGUAUAAGGGGAAACAGAUCGGAACCCCUUUUUUCUUACAAAAAAAAUGAGAACCCUCUGUUUCCUCGAAAAACUAUUACAACAAGCGUUUCAAACGAAGACGAAGUCCGUGUUCCACCUUAUUUUGUUUGUUUCUUUAUUUUUAGUUACUUCAACAAUAGAACAAGGAAAAAAGUGAAAGAAAGUCGAAUGAAUUGUCUGAGUUCUGAAUUUGCGCUAAUUUAUUAAAUGAGUUAAUCAAUGAAGAUUCCCCUUCGAUUCGGUGAAAAAGCUAACUUGACAAUGUGUGUGUAUGUAUGUAUGUGUUGUGUGUCAGCGUACGUGUCAUGUGUCUACCUGCCUGCGCGCGCGCGUGUGUGUGUGUGUGUG